AUGUCAACCACCAAGUUCACCAAGAUCCUGACCAAAGCCAGAGUGGGCACCGUCAAGAGGAACGGCCAAGAUGUAGCUGUAUCAGUCGCCACUCGAACAGAUAAGUGGUUCCGACCAACCGAGAUGAUCCAAACCCAAGGGCCGCGAUUCAUCGCCGUUAUUGAGAAGAACCCCGACAAGAUAACCCCAGGCACGAAGGAGGCAAUUCUGAGGGACAUAGAGCAUUCCAGCGAGGAGGAUCCGAAAGUGCAUUUCAGCGCCAUCCUGAUGCCACAGGUUGCUCCAGACAACGAAAUCCCGGAAAAUGGACAGAGUGCAUACUUCUACACGGAGAAGUGA